CAUGCUUAAUUUUGUCCUUGAGUUCACACCGUCUGCAGCUGCAUUCUGUCGCCGCGGCGUAUCUCAUUUCUCAACAUGCAGGAUAGCUUGUAAUAAUGGAGCAAUACGCCGCGAUUUUGAAGCUCAAUCUGAAGACUACGAGACGUACCAGAGAAGACGGAAGACGGAAUGGAAACGGAGACAGGGAGGCCAAACUUUCCUGGACCACCUCAUAAUUAACGUGCGAGGAGGAAAAGGCGGAGACGGCUGCGCUGCUUUUCAUCGCGAAAAAUUUCUUCCAUUUGGUCCACCUUCAGGAGGAAAUGGCGGACGCGGGGGAGAUGUUUACAUCCUACCUACCCCAGAACUCACAACCCUCACAUCCGUAGCCAAACGCGUCCGAGGUGAAAACGGCGGCAACGGUCAAGGGACGUGGCAAAAUGGCAAAAACGGUGCUCCGUUAAUUAUUCGAGUACCAUUGGGAACCAUCGUACGUGAACUACCACGAGAUGAUCCACGCCGGGCAAAAGAUGAGUGGGAAGCAGAGGCUGAGGCAUUGGAGGGACUUGAUCCAGCAGAUAAGCAGGCUAAGAUGCGUGACAAGCGUUGGGUACAUUAUCCGAGACAUAGCGAGUCAAACGUAGACCGGGACGUCUUUAAGGAGGCAGAACAAAUGUUGUAUAAGCAGGAAAGAGACCGAAGGUAUGCAAGGCGGAAAAGAGAGAUCGAACAGCCUAUAUAUUUGGACUUGGACAAAGAUAUGGAACUGGAAGAAGAUCCAAACCUUCCCCUCGGACUUCCACGAAAGGAUGCUUUAGGUCAUCUCAUUGCCUCGGGGGGUCAAGGAGGACUAGGUAAUCCGCAUUUCCUUUCACAAGACAAUCGUUCUCCCAAAUUCGCUACACGCGGGCAUGAAGGUGAACGAGUCACUCUCUCCUUGGAACUCAAACUUUUGGCGGACAUUGGCUUCGUUGGCAUCCCAAAUGCAGGCAAGAGUACUCUGCUUCGUGCUCUCACUGGCGGUCGAGCCAAAACCGAAGUCGCUGGUUAUGCCUUUACGACGCUGAACCCUGUGAUCGGGGUCGUACGCGUUGCUGCUGACGGUUCGUUUGAAGGUGGUCUUUCGGAGGGUAUGGUUCACGACGAGACAUUGGUUGAAGAAGCCCAAAAUCAGGCGAAAAUGGAAGAAGGCGCGUUCGCUGACGCCUUGACCCGAAAUCAACAAGCAAACUCUGACGCGGUCGCUCGAGGGUUUGGAGCCGGUUACCGUUUCGACAUUGUCGAGCACUUCCGCUUUACAAUAGCCGACAAUCCAGGUCUGAUAACCAAAGCAUCUGAAAAUGUCGGACUCGGUCAUUCGUUCCUCCGUUCCAUGGAACGUUCCCUUGGGUUGGUCUACGUGGUCGACUUUUCUAGUCCUGCGCCUUGGGAGGAGAUUGCAAUUCUCAGAGACGAGCUUGAGCAGUAUCUCCCAGGGAUGAGCAACAAGGCUCGGAUGGUUAUAGCCAACAAGGCAGAUCUACUAGCUGGAGAUGGCGAUGCGGCUUCUAUUGAGGAAGCAAAACUCAAACUGAAGCGACUAGAAGAGUUUGUGGAAAAGGAAAUGCUUGUGGUAGACGAUGAUGGAAAUCGGCGUUCGUUGAGUGUUGUUCCGAUAUCUGCUAAAUAUAGUCAGAACCUGAAGAAGGUGGUUGAGCUAAUGCAGAGGUAUGUUGUGGAGGCAAGGGAGUCUUUGCUGACAAGAGAGUCGAACUAAUGAAGCAGACGGCUUUCAUUCGUUUUCGUGAUUAUAUUAUAAUAUAUGCCCCCCAUCUCCGUGUGUGAACAAUAGCAUAUCCGUGCUAUAAGAUGUUAAAGUAUGCUACAUGUACAUGGACAGUUGAAAUGACUUCUAAAAUAUUGAUGCUCUUGUGAUAUUUUCGAAACCCACACC